AGUUCCAUGAAAAGAGUUUUCCAUGGUAGGGUCUCUACCAGGGCCGGCAGUUUCAGGGGCCGUCUGUCCGGCCGCGCCCAGUACCAGUCCCGUGGCUCGGGUCGAGGCUCCUCACAAAGACCGGCUUUCUAGGAGCACAGGCGGGAUCCUGCGCCUUUCUUCCCAUCCAGAGGAAAUCCUUGGAGAUCCAGGGGAUAUAGAGGACAACCCGGUUCCAGACGCCCCUACGGUAAGACCGCUGCCCCAUUUCAAUUCUUUAAAUGCUUGUGUAGGGGGCAGACUACGUCUCUUUUCUCAGGCCUGGUCCCGCAUCACCUCAGACCAAUGGGUCCUAUCCACGGUCAGGGGUUUUCACAUAGAACUGACGUCUUUCCCUCUGUCCAUUUCUCUCCCACACCUGGUGGUGUUGUCAGAACAGAACCGCGUUCUGGUGGACUCAGAGUUGUCGGACCUGGUCCGCAAGGGGGCAGUAGAACCAGCCCCGGGACCCCCUUACGGGGUAAUCAGCAACAUCUUUCUGGUUGCAAAGAAGGGGGGUCAGAUGAGACCCGUCAUCAAUUUACGCGCUCUCAACGCGUUUGUCGUUUACCGCCAUUUCAAAAUGGAGGGGAUCCACUUACUGCGAGAUUUACUGCAGAUGGGCGAUUGGAUGGUCAAAUUGGACCUAAAAGACGCUUAUCUUACGGUACCGGUAGAGGACGCGUCCAGAAAUCUCCUCUGUUUCUCUUGGCAGGGCAGCGUUUGGCGGUUUACGUGCCUCCCAUUCGGCCUCUCGUCGGCUCCAUGGUGUUUCACCAAACUGAUGCGUCCAGCCAUGGCCUGGCUCCGCAGUCGGGGAGUUCGCCUCAUCAUUUAUCUGGACGAUAUCCUGAUCAUGGCUCAGGACCGUUCGGUGUUACUAGACCACCUUCGCUGGACCAUGGACCUGCUCUCAGAGCUGGGGUUCCUGCUCAAUCGGGAGAAGUCCUGUCUCUCUCCAUCCCGAAAGAUGGAGUUCCUCGGGUUCAUGGUGGAUUCCACAGCGGGGACCCUCAGCUUACCAUCGGCCAAGAUUCGGUCGAUUCGCAAAGAACUGCUCAGAGCCAGAUCGUCCCCCCGUAUCCCGUUACGUCAGCUGGCGAGGAUAAUAGGCCCUCUUGCAUCAUCCAUCCAGGCGGUCUUCCCAGCCCCGCUCCAUUACCGGGCUCUCCAGCGCCUGAAAAUCGCUCAUCUACGGAAGGGAGCUUCCUACGCGGACUGGAUUCCCUUGGACGAGGAAACCAGGGAGGAGCUGUCCUGGUGGAUCCACAACUUGCAUGCCUGGAACGGCAAGGCGAUUUUUGGUCAGUGCCCGGAUUUCGUGGUGGACUCGGACGCCAGCCUAUCGGGCUGGGGGGUUCACUGCGAGGGAAUCACGACGGGCGGAGGCUGGUCAGAAAUAGAGACGGGGUUCCACAUCAAUGCGUUGGAACUGUUGGCGGGCUCUUUUGCAAUCAAGAGCUUCACGAGGGACACGGCCAGAUCCUGCAUUCAAUUGCGUAUGGACAACGUGUCAGCUGUACGUUACAUCAACGGCAUGGGAGGAACCCGGUCCACCAUUUUAUCACGGUUGGCGAAGGACUUCUGGGACUAUUGCCUAUCCAAGGAAUUGGUGGUCUUGGCAGAAUACCUUCCGGGCGUUCACAACAUCCACGCGGACUGGAGCUCUCGUCAUCUUUCGGAUUCCAGCGACUGGCAGUUAGAUCCUGAACACGCAACUGGCACGAUUUUACAGCUGGCGCCCGGAUCCGGAAGCCGAGGCCGUGGAUGCAUUCCUCCAAGAUUGGUCCAGAGGGAUCCUCUAUGCGUUCCCGCCGUUCCAACUGAUUCCGCGGACCCUCAUUCAAGUGCGCCGGUGUGUCGCGGAACUGACCUUGCUGGUCCCGUUUUGGAGCUCCCAAUCAUGGUUCCCCCACCUUCUGGAGAUGAUGGUAGAGAUCCCUCGCCUUCUCCCGACGUCGCAGACUCUCCUCCGCGACCCUCGCCGCCAGCCACAUCCUCUUCUCCUGGACGGGACACUGCGCCUGCUGGCGUGUCGGAUUUCAGGGGACCCUGGGAGGUCCCGGGAGUUUCGGGUACAGCUAAAGUCCUUCUGGAGAACGCAUGGGCCCCAGGAACCAGGAGAUCUUAUAGAUCAGCCUGGGGGUUUUGGGCUGACUGGUGCUUGGCUAGGGACUUGGAUCCCAUUUCAGCACCUGUGACGGAGAUUUUACAUUUCCUGUCUUCCCUCUUCGACCAGGGCAAGGCGUAUCGCACCAUCAGCCUGUUCAGAUCUGCCAUCUCAGCGUCUCACCAAGGCUUUGACGGGAUGCCUGCGGGUCAACACCCUUUGGUCUGCCGGCUGAUGCGCGGCUCGCGUAUGUCUCGACCUCCGAGACCAAGGUUCACCACCACUUGGGACGUGUCUCGUGUUCUCUCCUUUUUGUCUGCUUGGCCCCAGACUUCUGAACUCUCCCUUAGGCAGUUGUCUGCGAAACUGGUCACUCUUCUCUGUUUGAUUUCUUGCAAGCGGGUGUCCGAUGUCAGGGCUCUGGAUCAUGAUGCCCGCUCCUACACCCCGGAAGGGGUCACGUUUGACAUUUCUAGGAGGACUAAGACCCACAUACGCUCGGUCUCCUAUCCGGUUUUUCCUGCUUCGCCUUCGCUUUGUCCUGUGGCGUGCCUUAAGGAAUAUGAAGUUCGCACUUCUCCUUAUAGAUCUCGAGAGCUUCCGCAGCUCUUCCUUUCCACGAUUCGGCCUUUUGCUCCGGUGACUACUCCCACGUUGGCGAGGUGGAUGAAGUGGAUCAUGGAGUUGUCGGGCGUGGACGUCUCUCUUUUUUCGGCACAUUCCGCUAGGGGGGCAUCUGCUACCUCGUUGGCGGUUUCUGGGGCCAGACUUGAAGACAUUUUGAAGUUGGCGGAUUGGUCCAGUGUCUCCACGUUCAGGGAGUUUUAUUUUAGACCAAGUCCUCAUGUGUUUUCUUCCAUCAUUGAUAACGUGUCUUAGACUUUAAACUUGCAAUAGGAGCCUCCGGGUCUUGUAAUAAAAUCAGAUGAUUUUCCUAUUUCAUGACGUAAAGUCAUGAUUUUAUUAAAGACACGGAGGCGAGUAUUGCCCUCCCUUAUUUUUCCCUCCCUAUGUAAGUAUUUAUGAUUACAUGUCUGAUGGAUUGCUUUGUCUGGAGCAUUAUGUUUUAACUCUGUGAGUUUUUCCUGAGUAGGUUUUGCGCAACCAUGUAGAUUGGAUAUCCUGUAUCAAUUCGUCUCCUAUCACUCUCUAUUUUUUCAUCCUUUAGGUUGAGACUGAAAUGUUGAGCAGUAUUCGUUGUUCUGCAUGAGGUUUUGGAGGGUCGGCAGUUUCGG